AAAUCUGUCAAACUGUCUGCAGGACAGAAGCAUUACUGUUCCCACUCUCGAACAUGGGAGCGAUGCCAUUGCAUCGUGUGUGUGGAAUAGUCGUAUUCCUCAGUGCGAGUCUGAUUUCCUUCACGCCACCUUGUGAUGGGGCGAACAUUCUGGUGUUCCCUGUGGACGGCAGCCACUGGAUCAAUAUGAAGAUCCUGCUGGAAGAACUUCAUGCCAGGGGCCACAGCAUCACUGUGAUGAGGGCAUCCAACAGUUGGUACAUCGCAGACAAGUCUCCUCUCUACACCUCCAUUACCAUGGAGAUGGACGAUAGCUUGGAGGACUUUUUUGAUGUGUACCUAAAGGAGAAUAUGAAGGCGCAGAUAGAAGGGGCUUCAGCACUUACGUUCUUCAAACUCACCAAGGACUUCCUCUCUAUGAUUUCUAAGGCUCAUUCAUUGUGGGUUGAUGCCCUCGUCAACAUUUUAGAAGAUGAAAAUCUGAUAAAAAGCUUAAUGGAUGCCAAAUAUGAUCUUCUUCUCACUGACCCAGCGAUCGCACCAGGGGUCUUACUGGCCAAGUAUCUGAAACUGCCCAUAGUGCUCAAUGUUCGCUGGAUAACCAGUGGAGAGGGCCACUAUGCGAUAGCCCCCUCACCAGUUUCUUAUAUCCCAGUGCUGGGUUCAGGCUUAACGGACAAAAUGACUUUCAUCCAGAGGGUCAAGAACAUUUUUUUCUAUGGCAUCAUAGUGUUCCAGCAGAAAUUCAUGGUGGGGCCGUUCUAUGACGCCAUCUGCGAUAAAUACAUAGAGGGUGGAUGUGACAUCAUCUCGCUUCUUCAGGAAGCGGACAUUUGGCUGUUCAGGUCGGAUUUUGUGUUUGAAUUCCCACGGCCCACAAUGCCAAAUAUCAUCUACAUCGGAGGGUUCCAGUGCAAACCGGCUCGGCCUCUGCCAGCAGACCUGGAGGACUUUGUUCAGAGUGCUGGGGAGCACGGAGUCAUCAUCAUGACUCUGGGAAGUUUUGUGAACGCUUUGCCCAAAGAGGUUGCGGAUGGAAUCGCCAGCGUCUUUGCCAAGAUGCCACAGAAGGUGAUAUGGAGGCAUAAAGGGGAGCGGCCCUCUACUUUGGGCAACAACACCCUGAUCGUGGACUGGAUGCCACAAAAGGACCUCCUGGGCCACCCACAGACGAAAUUGUUUGUAGCUCACGGAGGAACAAACGGAGUCCAGGAAGCCAUUUACCACGGGGUCCCUGUGCUCGGUAUACCCUUGUUCUUUGACCAGUACGACAACCUUCUACGUCUGCAGGAACGAGGGGCCGGAAAGAUCAUUCAGCUGGCCGAUGUUAACCGCCGCAGUUUCGAGGAAGGCAUUCACGAGGUGCUCCGUCGUGACGGAUACAGACAGAACAUGCAACGGUUGUCCCGUUUGCACAGGGACCAGCCGAUGGCACCCAUGGACCAGGCCGUCUUCUGGGUGGAAUAUGUGAUACGUCAUAAAGGGGCCCCUCAUCUGCGAACAGAGGCCUAUAAGAUGCCCUGGUACUCGUACUAUUGUUUAGAUGUUCUGCUACUAUUGCUGACUGCAGUGGCGGUACUGCUGCUCUCUACUUUGGCUAUUUUCAGGUUCUUGUGCUGCAGAGCGAGAAGGACGAGCAAAACCAAACGACACUGAUUCAGGUCAAAUUGGUUAAAAGAUAUGCUCCAAUGUGUUCGCUCCAAUGUUUUUUCUUAUUAUCUAGAAAACAUGUAUCUUACAGUGUCUAAUUUGUUCUAUUUAUUAUUUAUGGAGUACAAUUCGAAUUUGAAUUCAUAACACGUAAAGAGAUUCAACUCAUCUACUGUUUCAUAAACAACUGUCAAAUGUAUUUAAAGACAGAUUCUCAUUAUCAUUUGUGUCUGAACUUUACAGAGUCAUUUUACAAGUAUAUACCUGCUCUCUCUUUAAUCUGGAAAUGAAAAUAAGCAAACAGGGGAAUGUGUGUUUGUUGAACAAUGGUUACAUUGAUCGAGGUUCCAUUUAUCUGACAGGUUAUGUGGUUUUCCAAUGGAAAAUAUCCCCACUCAGUCCAUCCAGUGAUGAUUAAUUUUGUUAAAUAUGUUUACUUUGGUAAGUGAUCUUUCCAACAGAUAAUAAAAAAAAUUGUUUGACAAUUUAA